AUGGCUGCACCUAUUAACCUCACCAACCUGGUUUUGAGGCCUGACGAAGGCACACUAGGAAGGCCUAUCCAGGUACGAGCCAACUUUUUCCGGGUGCUGAAUCUGCCUGCUCGAGAAUUUUACCACUACAAUGCCAAUGUCCAGCCCUAUUUACCCCAGCAAAAGAUGAGAACGUUAUGGAACCUCUUCGAAGAGACUCAUCCAGAAGUCGUUGGGAAUUCAAGGUCAAUCUUUGAUGGACGCAGCAGUGUAUUUUCAGUUGUUAGAUUCGAAUUGGGGCAGACCCAAGCUCAAUCGUUUCCUAUGGAUGUUACUAACAAUCCUGCCUUUGGUCAUGGAGGCAAGGAAAACAUUUUCACUAUUCGUCUCCAACUGGCCAACACCAUAAAUAUGCAAGUAUUGGUGGAUUUUAUCAAUGGUCGAUCUGCUUGCACAACAAAUUGCCUCACUGCUAUCAUGUUGCUGGAUAUUCUGAUCCGCUUCUUGCCAUCACAAACCCAGUUCACAUUCAAUCGAUCCAUUUUUAGCUCUGAUAACAAAGUGCCCUUAUCAAAUGGCGCUGAAGUCUGGUACGGUUGCUACCAAUCAUUCCGUCCUGCACAAGGCAAGUAG